AUGGAAGGGAAUCCCGAACCAUCAUCCAGUGCUCUCUCUCCUUCAGCUCAGUCACAUGUCCAGUCUGUACUAGUAAGUCAGUAUGUGAACCCUCGGAAGACCACCUGCAAUUUUGUGUGUGACUUCUGGGACUGCUUUGAUGAAAGCCACUGUGGUUACCAUAAAGAGUCUCCUGCCCUGGGUGCCCCUUUUGCCUGUGACUUUGAGGAAGACAGCUGUGGCUGGCAAGACAUCAGUACUUCUGGCUACCGCUGGCUCCGGGACCGGGCAGGGUCAGCCUUCAGGAAUCCAGAGCCCCACACCGACCACACAUUUGGCACUGACCUGGGCUGGUACAUGGCUGUAGGCACUCAUCAAGGAAAGGAACCAGCUACAGCUACCUUGCGCUCCCCCGUCCUCCAUGAGGCAGCCCCAACCUGUGAAAUAAGGCUCUGGUACCAUGGAAAUAUCCAAGAUGUGGCUGAUCUUCGAAUGGAAUUAACACACAACUCAGAGACACUCAUAUUGUGGCAAAGUAUAGGGCAACUGGGAGGAAGCAACUGGCAAGAACUAGUGGUGGCCACAGGCCGGAUUCAGGGAGAUUUCUGGGUCACUAUCUCUGCUACCCGUAAUGCCACACAUAGGGGAGCCAUGGCCCUGGAUGAUGUGGAAUUCUGGAACUGCGGCCUCCCUUCCCCUCAGAAUAGCUGUACCAGAUACCAACACCACUGUGACAACUAUGCUUGUGUGGAAUUGACUGAGCUGUGUGAUGGGGAGGACAACUGUGGGGAUGCCUCUGAUGAGGACAAAGACUCCUGCAGUGAAGUUGACUAUAAAGUGACAGACUUUGAGAAUGGGCUAAAUCAUUGGACAAACACUACAGGAUGGGUGAUAACUCGAGGUUCUGAAGCCUCUAUUGCCUCCGCUGAGCCAGUCCGGGACCACAGCAAGAAUAGUGCAUCAGGAUCUUUCCUACUCUCCAAGGCUGAGCAAGAAAAUCCUGCUAUCCUUGUCAGCCCAGAGUUCUAUCCUUCAAGUACCAAUAACUGUUUGUUCACAUUCUAUUACUACUUGCAUGGCUCUGAGGAUGGAAACCUACAGCUAUUCCUGCAGAGCCUGGAUCCUGACUCACCUCAGACAGAGCUCAUACGGACUCGCCACGGGGAGCUGGGGACUGCCUGGGUUCGGGACAGGGUUGACAUUUACAAAAAGCAUCCCUUCCGGAUCCUCCUGAAGGGACACACUGGACCUGGAGGAGUUGUGGGCCUUGAUGAUCUGAUACUAAACCAGCACUGCAAACUAGCGAACAAGACUGAAGACGCUUCUCCCCCAGAAGCCUCUCCUCUUGGACCCUUGGCUGCCUUGCCCCUGCACCUCCAGCAUCUCACCAAAAUUGGAUCCAGGCUUCAGAGAGACAGUUUCUGUGAACCUGGCCAUUUCUCCUGUGGGGAUUUUUGCCUCCCUCCAGAGCAGCUAUGUGACUUUGUGCCCCAGUGUGAAGGGGGUGUGGAUGAACAGAACUGUGGUAAAGAGUGGGUCCUGAUAGGUUACUUGGUUCCAGGUGGAACAAACUUUGAGUCAGGCCCUGGGGGCUGGGAGGAUGCCAGCGUGGGCCAUCUACAGUGGAAGAGGCUCAAUGUCCAGGAAAACUCCGACCCCAAGACCGAUGCUAAAGGGAAUGAAACUGGACACUUUCUGUCGGUGAAGAGAGCAUGGGGACAGCUGACAGGGAUGGCCCAGGCACGUACCCCUGUUCUAGGCCCAUCUGGCCCAAGCUGUACCCUCAAGAUGGCCUAUUACCUCCAGGGCCAACCUGAAGGAUUCCUGGCACUCCGUGUUGUGGAGGAUGGAGUCCAUGAACUGGCCUGGAAAAUUCAAGGAAACAGCAAUGAUACGUGGAGAUGGGUGACAGUGCCACUCGGAGAAAGAGAAAGACCUUUUCAGCUGGAACUCCUGGGGAAGAUGGAUUUGAAAGUUCCAGGGACAAAAGGAGUUGGUGUAGAUGAAAUUACCUUUGUAAAUUGUGACCCUACUGUGACUACAGAGAAGGACACAGAACUCUCUUGUAACUUUGAACGAGACUCCUGUGGCUGGUACCCUGAACAUAAAACUGACGCCCUGUGGCAAAGGGCUUCACGGCCUGGCCCAGGCUAUGACCAUACCACCAGCCAAGGCCACUUUAUGUAUCUGGACCCUACAAUGCCUCCUGCCCGAGGAAGGGGAGCCCGUCUCCUCACAGCCCUCCAGGUUCCUCCGACCCACAAUGAGUGUCUCUCUUUCUGGUACCACCUCUAUGGGCCCCAGAUUGGGACGCUGAGCCUGACGCUAAAACGAGCCGGAGAGCCUGAUAGGCACCUCUGGGCACGGACAGGAACUCAUGGCAACAAAUGGCACCAGGCCUGGGCCACCCUCGCCCACCCACCAGAUCCCAUCACCAAGUACCAGCUGGUGUUUGAGGCUCACAGGAAUGGGUACCAUGGCAACAUAGCGGUGGAUGACAUUACUGUGAGGCCAGGUUCCUGCUGGGCCCCUCGACAUUGUUCCUUUGAAAAUUCAGCCUGUGGAUUCUUAUCUAGUGGGCAGGGAACCUGGCAGUGGCAGGGCAAUGCCACAGACAGCGUCAUAAGGGGUCCACGUGCAGACCACACCACAGAGACCUCUGAAGGGCACUACAUGAUGGUGGACACAAGCCCAAGUGCCCUGCCCCAGGGCCAGAGAGCCGUACUGACCUCAGAAGAAUACUCACCGCUAGCCCAACCUGGAUGCUUCACUUUCUGGUAUCAUCUGAGCCUCCGGAAUCCAGGCACGCUCCAUGUCUACGUGGAAGAGGACAAGAGACGCCGGAUAUUCAGCGUAAGUGCCCACGGUGGUUUCACCUGGCGCUUGGGCAGUGUGGAUGUCCAGCCUGAAAAAGCAUGGAAGGUGAUAUUUGAGGCGAUUGGUGCUGGGGUAGAACACACAUACAUUGCUGUGGAUGAUCUGCACCUGAAGGAUGGGCCUUGCCCUCAGCCAGGAUCCUGUGACUUUGAAUCAGACAUGUGCAGCUGGAGUCACACACCUUGGCCAGGCCUAGGGGGGUAUAGCUGGGACUGGAGCAGUGGUGCCACACCCUCCAGGUACCCCCAGCCCCCUGUGGACCACACCCUGGGCACCAACACUGGUCACUUUGCUUUCUUUGACACCAGUGUUCUAGGCCCUGGGGGUCGGGCAGCCUGGCUUCGAAGUGAGCCUCUUCCCCCUACUCCUGUGGGCGGUUCCUGUCUUCAAUUCUGGUACCACAUGGGCUUUCCUGAGCAUUUCUACAAGGGCGAAUUGAAGGUCCUUCUACUUAGCUCCCAGGGCCUGCUAACCUUGUGGGGCACUGGAGCAUAUCUGCGACACCAGUGGCUUGAAGGCUAUGUCCAUGUGACAAGUCCAGUGGAGUUUCAGAUCGUGUUUGAGGCCACCCUGGGAAGCCAACCUGUCCUGGGCCCUAUUGCACUAGAUGACAUCGUGUAUCAGACAGGGCAGAGCUGUGAGCCACUGGUGCCAAACCAAGAAGAAUCUUCAAAACCUUUGACAAUACCUGUGGUGAUGAUCACCUUUUUGGUUGCUCUGAUCCUGGGGUUGCUUGCUUUUGGUGUUUGGCAUCGACUGAAGAAGGGAGGCUACCCUUUCAAGAGGGAGAAAGAGAACAACACUGCCUCUGGCUUUGAUAAUGUUGUUUUCAACUCGGAUCAUGUCACCUUGCCUUCAAUAACAAGUGACCAGUAAGCCACCCAAGAUGAAACUCAAGACCUUUUGUCUAGUCUCCUGUUGGAGAUAUUCUGAGAUGGAAAGCAGAUCACUUGCAAUUUGUGCAAAGACUUCAACUUCAGGUAUAGGAGAGAGCCCCUGGUGGGGUAUGGCCUCUUUCAAGAGAGGCAUGCCAGAGAUGCCCAGGCCAACAGAAGGGCAGCUGUGCCAUGGCUGCAAGGGAAAUAUUUAAUGCAAAAGUUAAAUUUUUGAAAUUCCUUUCUGUUGACAACUAUUUUCUAUACAAGGUAGCUUCUCUUUUGGUUUUGAAAUGAGAUUUGACCAAAUGAGAUGGACCUUCUUGUUCUUUGAAUAAAUACAUUUUGUGGUGUUGACUUCUUUAAUUUUGCAGAAAUUCAUCUUUAAUCAGUGAGAAUGUCACAGGAAAUUUGGUGAAAGAUGGUUUAUAUUAAUACUUUCCAAUUGGCAAAUUAAAAACAUAUAUUUUUUUUAUCACACUAUGGAUAUUUAGGCAGAAGACCAAUCAGCAAUUCUAUCUUGGCUUGAAUAUUAUAAGACAUUCAAUGUUUGUCUUGGUGGCCCUAUUUUAUAUGUCUAUUGGCAGGCUGUGAAAUGAUUCUGAAGGUAGAACUGUUCAUUAUGUAUAUGCUAGGAAGCUGAAUUUGCAAACUUGCCAAGAGGCAAAUGGAGAUCCUAUUAAAAAGGAUUGGGAAAAGGUUCUCUGGUAAUAGACCAAAAUAAAAUCAUACAAGACAGGGAAUAACUGACUCAGCAAGAGUAUAAGACUAAAGGGAUGUGUCAGGUUAGUAAGCAUUUUUGUUCAAACAAAAAUAAAAAUAAACAUAAUGCAA